UUGCAUUUCUUUUCUAAAUCAUUCAUUGCAGCACUGACUACAACCAUAGACUGCGUGCAAAAUAAGCUAAAAGCGCCAAAGAAGUUGUCGUCUCUUAUUUUACCAAUAUGCACGUACGCACAACAACCAAUAUGAAUGAAUGUGCCAUAUUCAUUUUAAUGACAGUAAUGGUUGUUGCAGAGAUGAAUGGGUGGGUGCAGUACAUUUUCCCUCAGACAAAUGUUCACAUGAAUUUUUUUUAGCUAUAGGCACUGCAACUGGCAAUGCUGGCAGUACCGAUGGGACGCUGCCUGCUAUAUUAUGUCAAUCAGUUUCGUAUCGAUGAACUUUCCUCUGUACAUUAUGGGACGACUACUUAUACGAUAUACCCAAAUGAUUAAUAAAGAAUGUAAGGAUGAAAUC